CCCGCCCUGCUCCGCCUCGCCGCGCUGCACUUCCUGCUGGGGCUGCUCGUCCUCACGUCCCUGCCCGCCGCGGGGCUCUGGUACUACUACCUCAGCCACAGGAGGAAGGAGCGGACCCUCUUCUUCCUGAGCCUGGGGCUCUUCUCCCUGGGCUACAUGUACUAUGUUUUCCUCCAGGAGGUGGUUCCCCGAGGCCAGGUGGGGUAUUCCCAAGUGGUGGCUCUCACCUCCGGGUUAAUAGUCAUGCUCGUGGCUCUGUCCCGAGCCAAGAAAGACCCGGGCUACCUUCCCGUCCCGGCAAGCGGCAAGAAGUCACCGCAGCAGGGCCUGCCCAGGGAGGGUGUCAGAGGGAGCUCCGAGGGGCUCCACGGUGCCGCCGUGUCGGGAGCUGCCGGCGGCCGUGCUGUGAAUGGGGAGGCCAAAGGCUAUUCCAGGAUGGCAGCUGAGGAGCCGGAAGGUGUGAAAAAGGACUGGUGUGCUAAGUGCCAGCUGGUCAGGCCGGCCCGAGCAGGGCACUGCCGGCUGUGUGGCAGGUGUGUGAGGAGGCUGGACCAUCACUGUGUCUGGAUUAACAGCUGUGUAGGGGAGCAGAACCACCAAGCAUUCAUCCUUGCACUCUCCUUCUUCAUGCUUACCUCUGUGUAUGGGAUUACCCUGACCCUGCACACCGUCUGUAGGGGCCAGACACCGUUUGUGGCAUUGUUCUACUGCCCUGGGGCCUAUUCUGACUACAGCUCUGCUCUGUCGUUCACCUGUGUGUGGUACUGUGCCAUUGUAACAGCUGGCAUGGGAUACAUCCUCCUUAUCCAGCUGUUGAACAUCAGCUACAAUGUGACAGAGAGGGAAGCUCGGCUGGCUCUGCGGGACAACACUGGGCGCAGGCUCUUGGGUGGGUUAGUGAUAGACACUGGUCAGUAUAACAGGGGCUUCCUAUGCAACUGGGGCCACUUCUUGAGCCUGGGAUCUUCUCCUCCACAGCGCUCUGCUGAAGACAUCGUGUGACACCCCUCUUUCUGCAGAUGAUGUUGACUGACUUUCUUUAGCAGGGAACAGCCCCUUGCACUCAGACUCCCUCCUCCCACACCCUUCCUUCGCAUUGGUGUAUGGGCUGCCUGUCCUGUCACUGACAACAUCAGAGACUUUCCCAGGCAGGAUGGUUCUUUGCGUGCUGUCAGUCAGCAGUAUGAUGCAGAAAUCAGUAAGCCAUACGUACAGCCCUGGAGAGAAGGAGCCUGCUGCCUUUUUCCACUGUGGCAAACUUCGUGCAGCUCAGCUCAACAGGAAGAAGAGCACAAAGUUUUGAGA